AUGGAGAAGUUUUCACAGUUUCGCGAUAGGGGAUCCGGAAUCUCGCCGUUCCUGCCGGUAACCACGGAAUCCUCCAUCUUCGGGACCCUUUUCCACGCGACCCUCUUUUUCAUCCGCCUCCCCUUCUUCAUCUCCCUUACACUCGCCUACUUCCUUAUUCUCAACAACCUCCCGUUUAUACCGACGGUAGCCCGAAAGCUGCUGCUAUGGGCACUUCUCGGUGUGCCCGGCGUCUGGUGGGUGGACCUGCAGCUGGACGGCGUCAAGCGCGGUUCGCUUAGCCAACAGUCCCCUUCACGAGUACCGCACCCGGGCUCUAUAAUUGCCGCCAACUUCACCACCCCACUCGACGCACUGUACCUUGCGGCCGUGUUUGACCCCAUCUUUGUCGCUGCACACCCCUUAUCACGCAAGGUCCGGCGCACCAGCCUCCUAUCCGCUAUCUUUGCCGCCAUCUCUCCAGCCGCACAAGUUGCCACACUCGAUGAGUGGGAGGGACAGUCGUCCGCCGGAGAAUUGACUGACUUGCGUGCGCUGCUAUCCCGCCACCCAGACCGUGUCAUCGCCGUGUUUCCCGAAUGUGGUACCACCAAUGGCAGGGGCAUCCUCCCCCUCAGCCCCUGCUUGUUGACGGUCCCAGCUGAGAACGCCAUCUUCCCGCUCAGCUUGCGCUACACGCCGCCUGAUGUUGCCACACCGGUUCUAGGGACUAAAGGCUUCGCCGGCUUUGUGUGGAAGCUGUUAGGCCGCCCGACACAUUGUGUCAGGGUACGGAUCGCGGAGGGCGUGUCCAACACCGCCAAGGUGAAGAAUGGGACGUCAGCGCGCCAUCCUGCUGUACCUAACACUGCUGGCGGGGUUGGUUGGGCUGGACGUGCGGAGGACCAACCCACAGCAGAGGAGCAACAACUAUUGGACGGUAUUGGGGAAGCGUUGGCGCGGUUAGGGCGGGCAAAGAGGGUUGGCUUGACGUUGAGGGACAAGAAGAGAUUCUUGGCGGCUUGGGCGAAGAGGUAA